AUCCUUUUCUAACUUGGUGAAUUUUGGGCCGUAUUCUUCUAUUCAAAUUAUUAUGUGAGAAAUUGUCGGAGUGAGAAACGUUUAGUUUUUAUGAGAGAUUAAAAAAAAAAAUGUGCCACGCAUCCGAAGCCGUCUAAGUGCCCGCAGAGUUCUUAUAUAUAGUUCAGGCUUAAAAACAUCCCACCAAUACAAACAAACAAAAAAAAAAUAAAAGAAAAAUUGACAACCAACUUAAGACCAGGAGCUGUGGGAUUUAAGGCGAAACCCAGUUGGGUGAAUAUUCAUGGAAAAGGUUUCAAUGAAGCGGAAGCAACGACGAUACAGAACAACAUUUAAUUCACUUCAACUGCAAGAAUUGGAGCGUGCCUUCCAACGAACCCACUAUCCGGAUGUAUUUUUUCGCGAAGAACUGGCUGUUCGAAUCGAUCUGACCGAAGCCCGAGUUCAAGUUUGGUUUCAAAAUCGUCGUGCCAAGUGGCGAAAACAAGAGAAAGGCUCAUUGAAGGAUAACGGAGAUCCUGAUAUGAAUAAUACACCAUACGAUGAUAAUGUUAUGACACAAUUAGAUGGUACUUUAGGUAAUACUCUUCUACCAGACACCCCGCCACAAUCAUCGAACUCUCUCGACAACGAAUCAAAAGUCAAUUUCGGCUCAAUGUCUCCGUCCCGAAUGUCACCGAAUAUCUUCCUCAAUCUCAACAUCGAUCACAUGGGUCUCGAACGGGGCGGAGGUCUCUCCAUGGAAUGGUCCACAUACCCUCCAGCCCCAACGCUGAAUGCCAUGCCACCAAUAAGUCGAUCUUCACCGCCUCAUCACAAUAUGUCAGCAAAUGGCGUCUCGACAAUCAGCCAUUCGCUAGAUCUCGACACGCCCACGUCCACUUACGAUGAAAUGAAGUUCCUCAAUGUGGACCAAUUCACAAUAGAUAAUUUUAAGGCCGAAUGCAUUCUCAAUCUUGAUCAAGCUAUCAUGGAUGAUAAGCAGGUGCACAUGCACCUGCAUCAUCCGUCAACGCAACAUCAUUCGCACCUUAGCCAACAUCAGACGCAUCAUCAGCACCAGUCGCAUGAUUCGUUGAGCUUGGAUAUGCAAUCGUUUGGGAUGUCUUCGAAUGACAAGUCAUCGCCAAUGAUGAUCAUGGAUAAGCGAAUGCUCAAUUUAAAUGUAGAUGGAAUGUCAGAUCUUGUAGAUGAUAAGUUUUGAGGGUCGUCCAAUACUCCGACCAGACCGGGCACGAAUGCAAUCUAUAACACAAAUAUUGUUAACUGGUAUUUUUAACGCACUAGCAUCUAUUAAAUAUAGGUUAAGAGAUCUUAGUUAAAUCGUAUAGCAAAAUAAAAGGAAGAUUAACAGUCUUCAAGUUUGAAUUAAAGGAGAAGUUUUGCAAAGGACAACCAGCAUCAGCAAGCAGACAACAAGAGAGGCUUAAAGGUUGUGAAUAGAAAGCCAUGUUAUGUACUCUUAAAUUCGUUCUUAUAGCCGUUAAACUUCAUUUUUAUUGGAAAUAUCAAUUUAAAAAAAAAAAAAAAUACAAAACAAAAUUUAUAGCACUAGUUAUUUUAAAGUUAAUUUAAAAGUAGACGAAUAAAUAAAUAAAUAAAAAAAAACAAUUAUUAUUGUAAUUUAAACAAUC